GACGCACCAGAGUGCAGCCCGUCAGUCACCUCGGCAUGACGAGAAACAACAAAACAGCCCCACAUAGCUGCGAUUUACGAUAACAGUGGGAGAAAACUCUUCGUUCAGCACUCUCCGGUGUGCCACACGUUCAGCACGAUGCCGCGACGUGUCCGUUCACUUGACCGCAACGUAGGAUGAGGAGAAGAUGCUAGCUAGCUAGCUUGCUAGCUUCCUUGAGCCACACACACAGUAACAGCCAGCCUCGGUAGCCUGUAGCUAACUGGUCGCUCCCCGCUGAACAGUCGAGGCAACGCAAUCAUGACACAGACAGUCAACCUGUGUUCAGUGUCCCUUGGAGUGGAGGGUAUGACAUGUGGCUCUUGUGUCCAGUCCAUAGAGCAACGCAUUGGGGGUCUACAUGGAGUGAUACAUAUAAAGGUGUCUUUAGAGAAGAAAAAUGCUGCUGUCAUAUUUGACCACAGCCAACACAGCCCAGAGUCUCUGUCAGAGGCCAUCGAGGACAUGGGCUUUGAUUCAAGUCUACCAGAGGGCACCACAGCGACACCCGUUUCUAUAGAUACCCAGCUGAUCUCCACCUCAGGCCUGACACCUGCAGCCCAACAAGAAGCUUUGGAGAAGCUAUCACAAAUUCAGGGAGUGCUGGAUGUCAGAGAGAACCUGCCCCAGAUGGGUUUCACCGUCACCUUUGUUCCUUCCCUGAUUUCCACGCAGCAGCUGACUGAAAUGGUGCCCAGUGUAACACCUCCAGAGGUCCCCACCCCCAGCAGCCCUACGCAAAAAGGCCUAACCCUCCCAUCAUCCCCCACCAUGGGAGGUGGGGUGGCAUUCUUGAAGUUACGCAUUGAAGGAAUGACCUGCCACUCCUGUACCACCACCAUUGAAGGGAAGAUCGGAAAACUGAAAGGGAUUGAAAAGAUCAAAGUUGUUUUACAAUCUCAGGAAGCUACAAUCGUCUAUUUGCCUUACCUCAUCACUGUCCAAACCAUCAUCGAUCAGAUUGCUGUUGCGGGCUUUAAGGCCUUUGUCAAGUCAAAGCCCCGCCCUCUGCAGCUGUCCCCUAGUGAAAUUGAACGUUUUGUUGAUUCCCAAAAACCAACAGUUUCGUCACCAUCGGAAACAUCAGAGGAGACAGAAAUCUUCAUAGACACAACACUUGACACGCUCAGGGUGAAAGGCAUGCACUGCCGUUCCUGUGUGGUCAAUAUUCAAGACAAUAUCUCAGCGCUGCCCGGUGUUUCCUCUGUGGAGGUCUCCCUGGAGAACGAGAAGGCCACUAUCUGCUAUGAUCCUCUUAAAAUCACAGUGACUCAGCUGCAGCAGGCAAUUGAGGCGCUGCCUCCAGGAAACUUUAAAACUCAACCCUGGGACGCCUCUGGACCUCUUAGCCCUGUAUCCACAUUGCCUUUGCCUCCCUCAUCAUCAGCGCAGCCUGCAAGAGCAACCCAGGCCAAACCUGCUGCCUCACAGCCUUGCUUUAUCCAGCCUCUGGCAUCUGUGGUUAAUAUUCACAUUGAAGGCAUGACGUGCAACUCCUGUGUCCAGUCCAUUGAAGGCAUGAUCUCCCAAAGGAAGGGUGUGAUAUCAGCCCAGGUCUCUCUGGCUGAUCACCAGGGGAUCUUUGAGUAUGAUCCCCUCCUGACCACACCAGAGGAGCUGAGGGAGGCCAUAGACGACAUGGGAUUUGAUGCUUUCCUUCCUGAGACCAACUCCUUGCUGCCUACAUCUGAUCCCAUAUUGUCAAAGUCUUUAAGUACACCAACUGUCAAAGGUAAAGAGCUGGACAAUGACCUACACAAAGAAACCACCCAGGGUCGCAAUGGAGAAGUACACUCUAAAUGCUACAUCCAGAUCGGAGGGAUGACCUGUGCUUCCUGUGUGUCAAACAUCGAGCGGAACCUCAAGAACGAACCUGGUAUCUACUCUGUUUUGGUCGCACUGAUGGCCAGUAAAGCAGAGGUCCGUUAUAAUCCUGAAGUCAUCGACCCUGUGAAGAUCGCUGAGUGUGUGAAAGAGCUGGGCUUCAGCGCCUCAGUUAUGGAGGACUAUGAAGGUUCAGAUGGAAACCUAGAACUAGUGGUCAGGGGAAUGACGUGUGCCUCUUGUGUUCACAAAAUCGAAUCCAGCCUUAUGAGAGAAAAGGGGAUUAUAUAUGCCUCUGUUGCCUUGGCAACCAACAAAGCACACAUCAAGUACGACUCAGAAAUUAUAGGGCCACGAGACAUCAUCAAGCUGAUCGAGAACCUAGGAUUUGAAGCGUCUUUAGUAAAGAGGGACCGCACUGCCGAUCACCUGGACCACAGCAAGGAGAUUCGACAAUGGAGGAGAUCCUUCUUUGUGAGCUUGAUUUUCUGCGUGCCUGUGAUGGGAAUGAUGAUUUACAUGAUUAUCAUGGACCACCAGAUGAAUGUUUCACAUCAACACAACUCAACAGCAGAGGACCGCAAUCAUUACCACUCCACCAUGUUCCUGGAGAGACAGCUGAUCGCAGGCCUCUCCAUCAUGAACUUCCUCUCCUUCCUCUUCUGUUUGCCUGUUCAGUUUAUUGGAGGUCGCCAUUUCUACAUUCAAGCCUACAAAGCAGUGAAACACAAAUCUGCCAACAUGGAUGUGCUCAUUGUUCUCGCCACCUCCAUAGCUUUCAGCUACUCGCUGGUCGUCCUCAUCGUGGCCAUGGUAGAGAAGGCAAAAGUCAACCCCAUCACGUUCUUUGACACACCACCCAUGCUGUUCGUCUUCAUCUCUCUGGGACGGUGGCUGGAACAAAUAGCCAAGAGCAAGACCUCUGAGGCUUUGUCCAAACUGAUGUCUUUACAAGCUACUGAGGCCACGGUGGUCACUCUCAGCAGUGACAAGUCUAUUCUCAGCGAGGAGCAGGUGGACGUUGAGCUGGUGCAGAGGGGCGAUGUGGUGAAAGUAGUUCCUGGAGGGAAGUUUCCAGUCGAUGGGAGGGUCAUUGAAGGACAUUCCAUGGCUGACGAGUCUCUUAUCACAGGUGAGGCCAUGCCUGUGACAAAGAAGCCCGGGAGCUCGGUGAUUGCAGGCUCCAUUAACCAGAAUGGCUCUUUGCUCGUCAGUGCUACACAUGUUGGCAUGGACACCACACUGUCUCAGAUUGUCAAGCUGGUGGAGGAGGCUCAGACUUCAAAGGCUCCCAUCCAGCAGUAUGCAGAUAAAAUCAGUGGCUAUUUUGUGCCCUUCAUUGUUGGCAUAUCUGUACUCACACUGAUCGCCUGGAUUUUCAUUGGGUUCUUGGACUUCUCUGUAGUUGAGGAGUACUUUCCUGGUUAUGACAAAAGCAUUUCCAGAGCCGAGGCAGUGAUUCGCUUCGCCUUCCAGGCCUCCAUAACAGUAUUAUGCAUCGCCUGUCCCUGUUCCCUUGGCUUGGCAACCCCGACAGCUGUCAUGGUGGGCACAGGGGUUGGAGCCCAAAAUGGCAUCCUGAUAAAGGGAGGGGAGCCACUCGAGAUGGCACAUAAGGUCCAGUCGGUGGUGUUUGACAAGACUGGGACCAUCACCUAUGGUGCGCCGAAGGUGAUCCAAGUCAAGAUAGUCGUGGAGGGAAAUAAGAUGCCUCGCUCCAGACUGCUGGCUAUUGUUGGCACAGCUGAGAACAACAGCGAACACCCUCUGGGAGCAGCUAUCACCAAAUACUGUAAACAGGAGCUUGGCACAGAGUCUCUUGGCACAUGCACAGACUUUCAGGCAGUGCCAGGCUGUGGCAUCAGAUGUCAGGUCAGCAACACGGAGACUCUGCUAAAACAGGCGGACAGUGACAGCGAGGACAACAACCAGCGCAACAGUGUCCUCGUCCAGAUCAGUGACACCAGGCUGUCCACCAGCUCGCAUCCCCUCAUCAUGGACCCACAGCCACUAAGCCUGGUUCAGACAGCCACCUAUACUGUCCUGAUUGGCAAUCGAGAAUGGAUGAGAAGGAACUGUCUGCAAGUCAGACCUGAUAUUGAUGAAGCUAUGACAGAGCAUGAGCGCAGAGGACGCACAGCUGUUUUAGUAGCUGUAGACAACCUGCUGUGUGCAAUGGUAGCAAUAGCAGACACAGUGAAACCAGAGGCUGAGCUGGCAGUGCAUACGCUGACCAACAUGGGUCUGGAAGUUGUGCUGAUGACUGGAGACAACAGCAAGACAGCUCGAGCUAUUGCUGCUCAGGUGGGCAUCAGGAAGGUGUUUGCUGAAGUACUUCCUUCCCACAAGGUGGCCAAAGUGGAGCAGCUGCAGCAGGAAGGAAAAAGAGUCGCCAUGGUGGGUGACGGUGUUAAUGACUCGCCUGCUCUGGCCAUGGCUGACGUGGGCAUCGCCAUAGGAACCGGGACAGAUGUGGCUAUAGAGGCCGCAGAUGUGGUGUUGAUCAGGAACGACCUGCUGGACGUGGUUGGCAGUAUUGAUCUCUCUAAAAAGACAGUCAAGAGGAUCAGGAUCAACUUUGUUUUUGCUCUUAUUUACAACCUGGUUGGAAUUCCUAUUGCUGCUGGUGUGUUCCUUCCCAUUGGUCUGGUGUUACAGCCGUGGAUGGGCUCUGCUGCGAUGGCCCUUUCAUCCGUCUCUGUGGUUUUGUCCUCCCUUCUACUCAAAUGUUACACUAAACCCAGUGCUGAGAAGCUGGAGGCCAGACUGGGUAACAGCAGACGGCAGGGCAGCCUGUCCGACGUCAGCGUCCACAUUGGCAUGGGUGAGCUGCGUCGUCCCUCCCCCAAACUCAGCCUGCUGGACCGCAUUGUCAACUACAGCAGAGCCUCGAUCAACUCCCUGCGCUCCGACAAGCACUCCCUCAACAGCUUAGUGCUCAGUGAGCCCGACAAACACUCGCUGCUGGUGGGGGGGGAGCUGUGUGAGGAGGAGUUUUGCUGAAUAUGUGGAGCUCAGAUGGCCAGCAAAGACUUUUGUUUGCUGAAGUAGACAGUAACUGCAUUUAUUCAAUGCUAGGCCACGCUAAGCUGAAAGGGUUACAUUGAAUAAUGGCCCAUCCAUCUGCUGUAGGUGCCUCCAGGGCAGCACUGUUUACUUGAUGAAAGCGUAUAUGCCCCGUGUUUUCUUUUAUGCCAACCAGCUGAUCACAUGCACUUCAGAGUGUGCUGGGGUGAUUUUUGUUGAGGUCACUGCCCUCGAAGGCGCUCUUCGACAAAGCCUCCGACCCUGAGAUCCUCCGACACUGUCUGUUCAGGGGCAUGAAGCUUCCUCAGAGCGUUGAAGCAAGUGUCCACAUCCAGGAAGCAGAGUUCUGAUCAUCUCUGCCACUGUGGUCAUUUGCCCUUACAAUCUUUACCACCUAUCCAAAGACAUUUACACAGCGGUGCGCCACUUGCGAGAGUGGCCGCCACGGAGUUCUAUUUUAACACAGUUUCCUUAAAGGGAAAAUUAUAACACUGUUGUAUAAUUCUGUUCCACACUAUUUAUAUUAUCAUUAUUUAUCUAUUUUUUCAUUAUAUCCUUUGGGAAAAAUGAAGUUAUUGAAUCCAAAUGCCAAUUUUUGUUUUUAAUCUCACAAAAUGUGUAAUUACCGCGUAAGAUCAAGCAUAAAAACCCAAUCUAUGAAGCCUUGUAACUAGCUGCAAACUGAUUGUCGUGCAAACGGAGUGAGUUGUAUAUGUCAGUGUUACCCAAGUGCCAACUGAAGUGCCACUCUGGCAAAGUCCAACACAUUCCAAAGAUAGCGCCGUACAGAAGUUAUCUUGGACUUCAUGUGCACAAAGUGGGGACAGAGAUACAUAAGGUCAAAGACUCAAUGCAGAGAUCUGCUGAAGGUUGACUAUUUGCUGGUUUUAUAGUUGUGUGAACCCUCUGCACCUUUGGUCAAUGAUACAAGUUGUCCGUGGACGAAUGUGAACAUUAUUUACUGUUAUAAUGAAGCAGAAGUUGUUACAUAGAUGGCAUUGUGCUUGGGUUCCUUUAUUUGCCUGUUGCUUUGAAAAGGCCAAACUGUAAAUGCAUUUGUGUCCUCCUUGCUAUUACAGUAGGUAAGGAGGUGUUACUGUUCCUCCAAAUUUCUUUCAGUGGUGCAAAUCUGUCAGUUUUUCUGCUUGUUUUUGUAAGAUUCACACUGUUGCACUUGAUCAAAGAAACAUGUUGAAACCCAGGAGAGCGGGAAGCACAGCAGUAUCAGCAGACUGAGCCUGCUGUGUCCCAGCAGGUCCACAAGCAAGUUACUGAGAAACAAACGCUGAUGGCUUAAGUAGGUUUGCUUCAGAAAUCACAUUGUACAAUUCAAGUAAGAUCGCAGCAGUGAUGUUUUGCAAUCAUAGACAGAUUGUUGAACUGUCGCGCUUUAUUUUUUUCUUCUGUAAAUUCUCUAGUUGUUUGUGCAUUGUCAAAUCAGCAAGUCAAAAAAAAAUCAUACAAUCCAGCCAUUCCUUAAACUUCUGUGUCACAAUCUCUCCUGUGUUUCUCUCAGCUGACGAAAACAGGAAUCAGUUUGUCCUGCCGCCUUCCCAUAAUGCACUACGUUCUGUAGCAGUCGCAGCUUGCUGGAUGCACUUCUGCCAAUCUGUUGUUUUUGUGCAAUGCUUUGUAAAGGCGUCCAUAGGGCUUCAGAUCUGUGUGCAGUCAAAUUUACGCAAGUCCAUGUGUGCUAUCUUCCAUGGUUCUUCUGAACAUUGUGUGCCUUGGAAUAAAAUGCUUUUAUAACCUCA